UCGCAGGCACCUCCCACUCGCUCCGUCAGUCAGUUUGCUCAGUGAGAGGCGGCGCGAGGCCUGGCGGAACAUCCCGGGGGAAGAGAGCAGCGCGAGGACAGUGUGCGGUGUGAGCUUCAGUGGGACACACGGAGCGUGAGCUUGUAACGGACGCAGGAGACUUGACAGGCGGCAGCUCUAGAACUAACAGCAGGGCGGCUCAGCCCGGAUACUAAUCAUGGCCUCCGGCUCAGAUGCUAAAUCGGAUGACUUAUCCACAGCAAUUUUGAAACAGAAGAACCGUCCAAAUCGGUUAAUUGUGGAUGAAGCUAUCAAUGAAGACAACAGUGUGGUAUCUCUGUCUCAGGCCAAGAUGGAUGAGCUGCAGUUGUUCAGAGGAGAUACUGUCCUCCUGAAGGGAAAGAAGAGACGCGAAGGCGUGUGCAUUGUUCUCUCGGAUGACACCUGCUCAGAUGAGAAGAUCCGGAUGAACAGAGUUGUGCGUAACAACCUGAGGGUGCGGCUUGGAGAUGUUAUCAGUAUACAACCAUGUCCUGAUGUUAAGUAUGGGAAACGUGUGCACGUGUUGCCUAUAGAUGACACAGUGGAAGGAAUUACUGGCAAUCUGUUUGAGGUGUAUCUCAAGCCUUAUUUCUUGGAAGCCUACAGACCAAUAAGAAAAGGGGAUAUCUUCCUUGUACGUGGUGGGAUGCGUGCUGUCGAGUUCAAAGUGGUGGAGACUGACCCAAGCCCGUACUGUAUAGUCGCUCCAGAUACUGUAAUUCACUGUGAAGGGGAGCCCAUCAAACGCGAGGAUGAAGAGGAGUCCCUGAAUGAAGUGGGUUAUGAUGACAUUGGAGGCUGCAGGAAGCAGUUGGCUCAGAUCAAAGAAAUGGUGGAACUGCCUUUGAGACAUCCAGCACUAUUUAAAGCAAUUGGUGUGAAGCCUCCGCGUGGUAUCCUGCUUUACGGACCGCCUGGAACUGGAAAGACUCUGAUUGCUCGUGCUGUUGCUAAUGAAACUGGCGCAUUUUUCUUCUUGAUUAAUGGCCCAGAGAUUAUGAGCAAGUUAGCUGGAGAGUCUGAGAGCAACCUGCGCAAGGCCUUUGAAGAGGCUGAGAAGAACGCCCCUGCCAUCAUCUUCAUAGAUGAACUGGAUGCCAUUGCCCCCAAGAGAGAGAAGACACAUGGAGAAGUUGAACGUCGUAUUGUGUCUCAGCUGCUUACUCUGAUGGAUGGGCUUAAACAGAGGGCGCACGUGAUUGUCAUGGCUGCUACCAACAGACCCAACAGCAUUGAUCCAGCUCUCAGACGAUUUGGUCGCUUUGACAGGGAAGUUGACAUUGGAAUCCCUGAUGCCACCGGCAGGCUGGAAAUACUACAGAUCCACACUAAGAACAUGAAACUGGCAGAUGAUGUUGAUUUGGAACAGGUUGCAAAUGAGACCCACGGACACGUAGGAGCUGAUCUGGCGGCUCUGUGCUCGGAGGCUGCUCUUCAGGCCAUCAGGAAGAAAAUGGACCUAAUUGAUUUGGAGGAUGAAACCAUAGAUGCUGAAGUGAUGAAUUCACUAGCUGUCACUAUGGACGAUUUCAGAUGGGCGCUGAGUCAGAGCAACCCAUCAGCUCUGCGUGAAACUGUGGUUGAAGUGCCACAAGUCACCUGGGAGGACAUUGGUGGUUUGGAAGAUGUUAAGAGAGAGCUCCAGGAGCUGGUGCAGUAUCCUGUAGAGCAUCCAGACAAGUUCUUGAAAUUUGGUAUGACACCAUCUAAGGGUGUGCUCUUCUACGGGCCCCCAGGAUGUGGUAAGACACUGCUGGCCAAAGCCAUCGCCAAUGAAUGCCAGGCCAACUUUAUCUCUAUCAAAGGUCCAGAGCUGCUCACCAUGUGGUUUGGAGAGUCUGAGGCUAAUGUCAGAGAGAUUUUUGACAAGGCUCGCCAGGCUGCUCCCUGUGUCCUCUUCUUUGAUGAAUUAGACUCUAUUGCUAAGGCCCGUGGUGGCAAUAUUGGUGAUGGUGGUGGAGCCGCAGACAGAGUCAUAAAUCAGAUCCUCACAGAAAUGGAUGGUAUGUCUACAAAGAAGAAUGUCUUCAUUAUUGGAGCCACCAACAGGCCAGACAUCAUCGACCCUGCUAUUUUGCGUCCAGGGCGUCUGGAUCAGCUCAUUUACAUCCCCUUGCCAGAUGAGAAAUCUCGCAUUGCCAUCUUGAAGUCCAAUUUGAGGAAGUCUCCUGUUGCCAAGGAUGUUGACCUGGACUUCUUGGCAAAGAUGACAAAUGGAUUCUCAGGUGCUGAUUUGACUGAGAUCUGCCAGCGUGCCUGCAAGUUGGCCAUCCGAGAAACUAUAGAGAACGAGAUCAAGAGAGAACGGGAGAGACAGACUAACCCUUCAGCUAUGGAAGUGGAAGAGGAUGACCCUGUGCCAGAGAUCCGUCGGGAUCACUUUGAGGAGGCGAUGCGUUUUGCCCGCCGGUCUGUUAGUGAUAAUGACAUCAGGAAAUAUGAGAUGUUUGCACAGACUCUGCAACAAAGCCGAGGCUUUGGCAGCUUUAGAUUUCCUUCUGGAGGCCACGGAGGAGCAGGCCCAAGUCAAGGUGCUGGAGGUGGUAGUGGGGGCAGCCACUUUACUGAAGAGGAAGAUGAUCUAUAUGGCUAAAGGGGUCACUGAUGUGUUUGUUGUACAGCAAAUAAAUUCCUACGUUAAUGGACACUCUCUGCUUUUCAUUCCUAAGUCAGAACAGCGUAGCUGCACACCCCACUCCUUCCAGUUUAAUGUUUAUUACGUGGGCUUGAGAAGAGGGGAGCCAAGUCUUUAGGAUACAGGCUUAAACGUUUCUUUCUCUUCCCUUCUUGUUUCUGAAGCAGCUCUGUGCUUUCAUAAGAGGUGUACAGGGUGGGGAAAGGCAUUGCUCUUCCAUGUGACAUUACCCCUUCAGCACCCGAGAGGAGCCUGCAAUAGUUGCUUGAUAUCUACAACCAAUCACUGCUCGCAUCCUCUCAUCCAACCAGUAGCAGUCAAGGCACCUUUGGUUGGCAAUGUCAAAAACAGCUGUGUCAUUGCCGUUAUUUCUGCAGUGUUGUUGGUCUCGGGGUAUUGAUAACACCCUCAGGAUGUUUAAGCAACAGAUGCUGACAAGAACAAUAUUGCAGGCUUCUCCAGCUCUGAAGGGGUUGACUUCUUACAUUGCAUAAAAUGAAAAGCAUCGCAAAGGAUAAACAUGCAGUGAUAUAUAUAAUUUUUUUUUUUUUAAAUGUUGGUUCCAGGCGAAAUGUUAUUGGAGUUGAGCAAAAAACAAAGUAUAAAAUCGCAGGUUGACGUCUAACGUGAGAAUAAACUGACUGAUCACUGA